UUCUCGAUCCCUUAGUCAAAAGCAUAAAUGAUGCUGAAUUAAGUUAAACGCGUAAUGAAAGGGUGAUUCUUUUGGAAGCCACUGUUAAGGAUUUGCACAGACAACUAAAGAAUACGAAAACACAACUCAUUGACAAAGAAAUUCAACUAAAAGAUAAGGAUACACACAUCAAAGACCUGAGGGAUGCAACCAAUUGAAUCAUUGACAUAAAUAAACACCUCCAAACUCAAAAAGACAAUAUUUAAAUACAAUAGACUAACAAUGAAAUUUGUAUGGAAGAUAAGGAUAGACAAGUUAAAAACCUUAGAAAUACGACAAAAUCUAUCCAAGAAAUAAGUGAACAGCUUAAAACUCAGCUAAACAAUGUUAAAUCAGAACUUGCCGACAACAAAAAUUCUUUUGAAAGAUAAGGAUAGACAAAUCGCAGAUUUGAGGGAUGCGACAAGUUUGUUCAAAGAUAUAAAUGAACAGCUCAAAGCCCAACGGGAUGAGAACCUCCCGGACUUUUGCCCUAGUGGAAGACCAAAUGGCAUUUACCAGAUAAAAGUUAAGUUAAGCGAUGUUAAUGGGAAUACUAGGUACGAUCUCUACGAUGAUUUUAGUGUUGGCAGUGAGGACGAAUCCUACAAGCUAAACACGGUUGGAAAAUUUUCCGGAACCGCAGGGGACUCGCUAACACAGCUCAAAUGGAAUAAUUUCACUACAUCCGAUCGAGGCAACCUGUGUGAAGCUGCUCAUUUUGGUGGAUGGUGGCGAGAUACGAGCUGUGUGUUAAGCCUGCUCAAUGGCAAAUACUACAAAUCUGGCCAAAUGCAGGAGGACAGGAAUACGGCAUUUAUUGGGGAUAUUUCUGGGUCGUCCGGGAUCGCUGAGUUUCGUUCAGAUGAUGGUGAAGCCAAAAUAAUAAGGAUUAUGUGAUUAAACUGAACUUAAAACUGCCAAGCAUUGGAUCAAACUACGUAACAGGGCACUACUCACCUUGGGU